AUGGCUCAAAUCCAAUGGCGGUUGUCCAGAAUCUGCUUUCUUGUGUUUGUGGUCUUGUUGGCAUUUGUUUUCUAUUUUACUAUUUUCAGUAAUCAAUUCACUAGUUCCGAUGGAUUAAAUCAACUGCAAAAUUACUUCAGCCAGCCUUCUAGUACUUCCUACGAAGACUAUGUUGUUCCCCUGGAUGAACAAUUGACUGGAGAGAGCAGAACUUAUCAUAAAGCUGAAUAUCGUCCCUCUGACUCACAAGAACCAAAAUCUCAUGAAAUUGUGAUCCUCCUGGCAAGCGAUGGAAAAUCCUCAGGUGGAAAAAUCCCUCAUAUGUUUGAGCAAUGCAUUGAGAACCGAAUUCAUUAUGCUCAAGCUCACAAUUAUGUAUUUGAAUACGUUAAUGUGUCACAGAUGAGCGUUCCUCCUGUGUGGGCUAAAAUGCCCGCAAUUUUGCAAACUAUGAUUAAGCACCCAAAAGCAAAAUGGAUUUGGUGGCUUGAUCAAGAUGCAUUGAUUCUCAAUACUUCUCUUUCUUUGCAGGAGCACAUCCUUUCUCCACAGAGAUUGCAGGAUGUUUUGCUUAGAGAUACACCAUUACGUUCUCCAUUUAGCGACGACCUCACACGAAAGACUCCGAAAGAAUACUCUUUAGAAAUGGUUAAUACUUUGGGCCUUUUAAUUUCCCAAGAUUUUGAGGGCUUGAAUGCUGGAAGCUUUUUUGUACGCAGAUCGCCCAUGAUGGCCCUCUUCUUGGAUCUUUGGCAUGACAGAUCGUUCCGCGAAAACAAUAUAGCGGACCAUGAGCAGGCUCUUCUUGGCUACUUUGUUCGGUAUCAUCCAGAAAUUGCUGCUAUUAUUGGAGUUCUCCCUCAGACGAUGAUUAAUUCUUAUCCUGUCGGAUGGGAAGUCAUGGGUUGGAAGCCUGGUCAUUUGGUGAUUCAUUUAGCUGGUUGUUGGGUUGAAAAUCGUUGCGAGCAACUUUGGAAUGAGUAUCUUGAGCGGGUAUCAUAA